UGCCGUUGCACUAACAGGAAGUUGAGCAGAUCAACUUCAGAGGGUAUCAAGAGGUCGCCGAGGAGUGUGGGACUGUGGCGGACUAUAUUAAUGUCUGCCUACUCAUCGGUAAGGUGCGUGUCCCCUGUGUCCGCUUCAGCCGCCCAUUUAGAAAUGCGCCCCAUGGCAUUGUCGCUUGUGUAAAUCGCGAGGAAGGCACGUUAGCAACGAAAACGCUAUUUUCCGGGCUCGUGCUGUCAUUUAAGUCCGUCGGUUCACCAGCGUCGGAGCUUGCGCUGUAAUUGUCGAUGCACAGAUAGCUAGUCAGCUAGAGAAAUAGCCCAUUCGGUGGCUCAAACACUGAGCUAUCAUUACAGGACACUCAAUAAGUUCAGGUUCUCCAACCGGACCCUUUGGACACUGAAGGCUACCGUGCAUAUUCUGGUGUAUUAGCGAACUACUCGAUUAGCAAAAAGGGUGACUCGUGGGGGGCAGGGAGAGAACGACGGAGGCGCAGCGAGCCAGGAGUGGCCGAUGAGUUCAGACCAGGGCGGAGAGCCGCAGCUGCAGGAGGAGGCUGAACCGGGACCCAAAACCCGUGGAGAAGACCUGAUCAUACCCGGGACCGGGGGAGACUCAGGCGUCAUGGUCACCGCUAAAGGAGCUGGUCUGAACCCAAAUGCCAAGGUGUGGCAGGAGAUUCCUGCGAUACAAACUGAGGCUCCUGUGGAUGGCACUGAGGCCUCCCCCUGGUCCCAGAACAAUACGGCUGAAGAUGCAUCUUUUGGUAAACAAUACGUACCAGGCUUCCCCGCUCUCGAAGACAACAGCACCUCUUCUACUGUAGAGGGUUUGGUGAAUGGUAUGGAUUCCCCUGACCAAAGCUUCCCUGUUUGCGAGCACACUACUGCAACUAAUGUGGAGUCCAAGCUCCCGGAGGAACAGCCCAUCUCUGAAGAGAUUUUGCGUGAGUCCCUUAAAAAAGAAUUGGAGUUCUGUUUCUCCAGGGAGAACUUAUCUAAGGAUCUUUAUCUAAUAUCUCAAAUGGACAGUGACCAGUUUGUCCCCAUUUGGACUAUUGCCAGCAUGGAAGGCAUCAAGGUCCUUACAACUGACAUGGACCUCAUCUUGGAUGUACUAAAAUCAUCUCCCAUGGUUCAAGUUGACGAGAAAGGGGAAAAAGUACGGCCAAAUCACAAGCGUUGCAUCAUCAUUUUGCGAGAAGUCCCAGAAACAACACCUGUUGAGGAAGUGGAAGACUUGUUCAAGAAUGACAACUGUCCCAAGGUUAUAAGCGUGGAGUUUGCGCACAACAACAACUGGUACAUAACAUUCCAAUCAGAUACAGAUGCUCAACAGGCGUACAAAUAUUUAAGGGAAGAAGUGAAGACAUUUCAGGGAAAACCAAUUAUGGCCAGAAUAAAAGCCAUCAACACAUUCUUUGCUAAGAAUGGUUACCGCAGCCUGGACUGCAGCUUGUACCCUCAGCAGUCUCACACUCAGUCUCAGUACAACUCCCCUCUCUUCAUGCAUCCUGUUUACAGCCCCCAGCAGCAGUACCCACUUUAUGGCAUUGUACCUCCUACCUGGACUCCAUCUCCUACUCCAUACUUUGAGACUCCUCUGGCACCUUUUCCAAACAGUGGUUUCAUCAAUGGGUUUAGCUCACCUGGACACUACAAAACUGGCUCAAAUUCUCUCAACCUUAGCCGUCCUUUUAGCAGGAACCGUGUUCCACUCUAUUCAAGAAAGAAUGUAAUAAGUGCCUUCAGGAACCACGUGAAGCCUCAGACAAGGGCUAAUGAUGGACUGUCUUCCACUGUGUCCCCGGUGACUGUUGUGGAUGGGCUGUCUGGCCUGCAUAGUCCCCAGCCUCCCACAAGCAGCGGCUCGCUGCUGUCAUCCACUGAGCUCAACUCGUCUUUUCCACACCUAGCUUCCAAUGAGCCAACUGAUGAUAGUAACAUGGCGGGACGUGGAAGGAGAACAACAUACAGAGGCACUCGAAGGCGACGAGAGGAUGAUCGCACAACAAGACCUGUUCCUCUGUCUCAAGUGAAGAUAUCGCCCCCCAAGUUUGACCUGGCUGCCUCCAACUUCCCCCCGCUGCCUGGCUGCUCUGUCAGUCCGCAAGGGGAGCCUGUGUUGGAGAAUCGUCUCUCUGAUGUCGUACGGGGCCUGAAUAAGGACAGGCAGCAGGAUUCAAACAAAGAGUCCACCUUGAGUCCUGCAGGCCCAGCCUCUGAGGAGACUAUAUCCAGGCCCAGCCAGACUGCAGUCAAGGGGACUGCACACAUCCCUGAUCCUGUCAACUCCAGCUCAAACCACCUGGAGAAGAAACUGGAGAAUGUGGAGACUCUGGUUUAUAAAGAGACGUCUGUGACCGCUGCCCCUGUCGCAGCCGUGCCACCCACCCCCUCCACAACAACACCUGGCCCAAAGCCUCAACCGAGCUCAGCCACUCCUGCAGCCCCCCAGUGUAACUCUGCCCCCUCCAGCACCCUGGCACUGGAACCUCGCAAGCUUAGUUAUGCUGAAGUAUGUCAGCGACCACCCAAGGAUCCUCCCCCUCAGCCAGUAGCCAGUUCCAGCCCCAACAAUGCAACUGCACAGCCUCUGAGAGAGCUGCGUGUAAACAAGGUGGAGGAGCAGCCCUCCAGCCCCGCAAACAAACAGGAGCGGCCUCAGGAAACAGGGGGCAACUGCAAGGCCAAGGAGGGCCGGCCAGCUCGUGACUCCCAUGGCUUUUCCCGCAGUAACGGACCCCCCAGAGCCAGUACAGGGGGGUUCAAACUACGAGAGCAGCAGAGACGCCCUCCUUUUGGCCAUCGUAGUUCCCCCCAGGGAGGUUCCAGACACACUGGAAAAGAGCAGAACAUCCCCCCGAUAUCGCCAAAGGAAAGACUCUGAAAAGAAAUCCUUAAUGAAUUAAUAUUUACACACACAUAAUAUAUAUAUAUAUAUAUAUAUAUAUAUAUAUAUAUAUAUAUAUAUAUAUAUAUAAAGAGAUGAAAUAGGAUAUAAAAAUCUAAAUUAACAUGGUAUUCACCUCUCCUGCCUGGAGCACUUCCAGAGGAAAAGUCUCAUGAAGUAACAAUGCACAGAUUGGGGUAUCCAGGCAAAUGGGCAUCAAUUGGAAGCAGUUUGUGCUUGUUGAAGGACGCCAUCAAACAGGAAAAAACCAAAACAAACAUUGUAUGCUUCUAACUUGGCAAUGUCCUUUCAGAAUGAAAAUCCAUGUGAGGUUUUCUGCUCCUAUUUUUCUUGAAAGAAAGGUGGUUUCUCUUAGCCUUGCUGGGAAUAGGUGAAAAAGAGGGCAGUCUGAUGGCCCGGUUGAUGAUGAGAUUGAUUUGUGGCCUGCAAAGAGCAUAUGCACUAAGAAAAGGAACGUGCAUAAAAGAUAUGUCAUGUACCUACAAAGAUAUCACUUUGACAUGCAAUUAUUCAUCUUUUUAUUUUUUCAGUUGCUUCAUUUGCAGUCACAGGACACUGGGUGUAUGACCUGGGGUGGUUUGACAGUAUAAAUGAACCUUUGAGUGAAAGGAUGUGGUUUGCUGUAGAUUUGAGUAGUCUAUUUUGGGAUUUAGAUCCCAUUUAGAAUGUGAUGCAUUCUAGAGAGUGGAUUGUUUUGCAGGUAUCUUUAGGGGUGACAGUGAGGUUUGCGCUGGAGGUUUGUGUUAGUUUGCGUGACAAAUUGUAGCUCUUAGUAAUUCUAGUAUGCUCCCAGACUCGGAGUGCUCAUUUAAAAAUGCAUUACGUGCAGUAUAAAGAUACAUUUUGGAGCCUUGUUAAUAAUUAAUAGAUAUAGCCCACUGUCACUUCAUAAAGUCAAGUCUGCCAAUUAUGAUGCUGUUAUGUCACUGAUUUGCUGAUGGGUGAUUUUUUUUUUUUUUUUUUUUUGUAGUUAGAGUAACCAGCAGCCUGUGAAUGAUAACUUUUAACAGUCAGGUACAUAGACACUCAAGUACUUGGUGUCAUCUCAGUCCUUAUUUGUUUUGUGCACUAUCCUCCCUGAAUGGCUUCUGAGCAUGCUCAAAUAUCCUGAUAAUCGGUCAGGCUCUUUGUUUACAACAUGGUGUGGUGGUUUGGGCUAAUUCAAGUUAGAGAAGAAUCAUGAUCAUUAAGCGAAUUGGUUCUCGUUGGGCAAGGUUUCUUUUUGUCAUAAGUACAUUCAGGAUUGUUGAUGGAUUUCAUGGUCACAAUGAUGAAAUAGCUCAAGAAAGACUGAGGCUUAGUUUGUUUGCAAAUCUAUCAAUUAUUGUUGAGCCUGAAACCGUUUGAAAUACAAAAUAUGUCUAUCACUAUUAUAUCAAGAAUCAGGACAACUCUUUUUGUGUCAGUGGAAUCAAUGUAGGCAUUUCACUUUUUGGUCAUUCAGAAGCCAAAAUCAGCAGUACAUGUCGCUUUUGAAAUCAUUUAAAAUAUAUGAUUUGAUUUGUUUUGGCUCAGGGUGUCCAGUUUCAUCUCACAGUUCUCAUUCAUGUCAGUUACAGCACCAGCUCUUGUCGUUAUGUAAACUUCCAAAUUUGGCAAAGCUUUAAUGUUUUCCAAACCAGCCACAGCCACGUUGUAAUUUCAAAGAGAUGAGGUUCACAGGAGAAUUGAAUGUUAAAUGCUUGGUGUCCCUUGAAUGUGUCCUCCAUGAAUUGUAAUACAAAUUCCUUAUUUGAACUAUUACAUUUCUUCCCUAAAAAGAGUGUUUGACAGUCUGCAAUAUAUGGCGGGAAAAAAUCCUCUUGCUGUAAGGUAUCUUAUAGGUCUGUCAUGGUACCGUCAGAGUGGCAUUGCAUGCCUUUUGAUAGGGUGGAAUUUGCUUGGGUAAUUAGGAAGUUGACAGUUGCUUUGGUAGAUGGUACAAUGACUGAGUUAACUGAAAACCAUUUUGUUUGGGGACUAUGAAAAGCAGGGACACUUUUUUUGCUACAAAAAAGUGGUGAAUUGAUGCUGUUAUUUGAACGUUUAAUCAGAGGAGCAAUACAUACAGUAUUGCUGUUAAAUUUGUUGUAAGAACUGCUUUUAAAACAUUGAUUUUAAUUUAUUUUAAUUCUGCUGUCCAUCCCCCACCCGACCCCCUAUCCUUGUAAGUUGUUAUGAUUCAUGACUAUGUACAAAAAGACAUUGGUAGAGAAUCACAGAUUUAACAAAUUUGUUUAUUUUUUGAGAUCUCAGCAGAGAAAAUACUUGAUGCAUUUACUAGAGGUUUAGUAAUGCGGUAAAUAAAUCACUGGGGCUUUUUUUUUGUUUUUUUUUUCUCCUUAAUGAAUAUGAGCAGCUAGUGGUUUAGCAUAAUGAAAUGCACUAACUUGUUUAAAAAAAUCUUAUUAUGUAAUGAAAAAUUAUACUAGGAGCAUAAGGUAUUGAUGUUGACAGGCUCGCAUAAAUCUACAGAAAUUAACAAAUUUCUUUAAAUGUUUGGGUUAUUGCUGUUAAUUGAUUUAAGGGUUGGUGUGGCAAAGGGAAGAAUAUAUAACAAUGGAUUGAGGUGUAUGAGACACUAAAUUCUAGCAGUCUGCAUAAAAUGUCACAAAAAGAAAAUAAAUUAUUUUGUUUUGGCCUUA